AUGAAUGCCAAAAAUGGCGGAUAUGAUAAUGAAGAGGAUUCCGGUGAGAGUAAUGGAAAUGAUCAAUGGACACCUGACCAAGACAAGGAUGCAAGAGAUGAAUACACAAAAGAAUAUUCAUCUGAUCCUGAUGAAAUGAAAUUAAAGAAAAAGCUCAUCAGAAAGAAAGGAAGAAAGGCAAAAUUCCUUGUUGAGCUAAUGCUACAGGUUCAACAGGAGCAAGUGAACAGGCAAAUAAUGAGGCAAUAUGAGCAGCAAGCUGUCCCACAAGCUUUUGAUCGCCAACCAAUUAAUCAGUAUUCAGAGCCAAACUUCACACACAAACCGUUGCAUCCUCUUCCUGAAUUAGAAACAGUAGGGGCUAAUCAUAUUCCUGGCGAAAUUGAUAUUGUCCCGCGAGGAAAGCAUUGA